AUGGUGGUGGUGGUGGUACUGGUGGUAGCUAAGGUGGUGGUGGUGGUGGUUGCCAAGGUGGUUGCCAAGGUGGUUGUCGGGGUGGUACUCGAGGUGCUGGUGUUGGCCGUUGUUAUGUUUGGUGGUUGUGAUGGGGAUGGUGGUGUUGGUGGUGGCCGUGGUCGUGCUGGUCAUGGUGGUUGUGGUCGUGGUAGUGGUGGUGGUGGCCGUGGUGGUGGUGGUGGUCGUGAUUGUGGACGUGGUGGUAGUGGUGGUGGUGGUGAUUACCUUUCUCUUGAAGGUAGAGCUGAAGGAGGAACUAUGAGGAAAGACACUUGA